GAGGCUGGGGCAGCGCAGUGAUUGGCUGCAGGGGGUUGAAUGUAAGAUGGCGCCCAGGGAGCUGUGAGGGGAAAAGACUCGGGGCCGAGGCGGCGGCGGCGACAGGGCCGGGAACGUUACAAGUCUAAGAGCUCAGGACAAGAGCAGCAGAAAUACAUGCAACAUGGUGACUGGAACCCUGAGGACCUUGCAAUAUGAAUAAUUCUCUGGAGAACACCAUUUCCUUUGAAGAAUACAUCCGUGUGAAGGCGCGAACGAUCCCCCAGCACAGGAUGAAGGAGUUUCUAGACUCCCUUGCUUCCAAGGGGCCAGAAGCUCUCCAGGAGUUCCAACAGACAGCCACCACCACAAUGGUGUAUCAGCAGGGUGGCAACUGCAUUUACACGGACAGCACAGAGGUGGCUGGGUCUUUGCUUGAACUUGCUUGUCCUGUGACAACCAGUAUCCAGCAACAAACUCAGCCAGAGCAGCAGAUACAGGUUCAGCAACCCCAGCAAGUGCAGGUUCAGGUCCAGGUCCAGCAGUCACCGCAGCAGGUCUCCGCCCAGCAGCUCUCUCCACAGCUCUCUGUCCAUCAGGCUUCGGAGCAGCCAAUACAGGUCCAGGUGCAGAUCCAAGGCCAGGCACAGCAGCAGGCAUCCCAGACAAUACAGAGUCAGUCUCUUCAGAGCCCCAGCCCAUCGCAGCUGCAGGCAGCUCAGAUCCAAGUGCAGCAUGUGCAGACUGCCCAACAAAUCCAGGCUGCAGAGCUACAGGAGGAACACAUACAACACCAGCAGAUCCAGGCCCAGCUUGUGGCAGGACAGGCCAUUACUGGUGGCCAGCAGAUCCAGAUCCAGACAGUUGGGGCACUGUCUCCCCCACCUUCUCAACAAGGCUCUCCACGAGAGGGAGAGAGGCGGAUCAGCUCUGCGAGUGUCCUUCAGCCAGUGAAGAAACGUAAAGUGGAUAUGCCUAUUACUGUAUCGUAUGCUAUUUCAGGGCAGCCAGUUGCCACAGUGCUGGCCAUUCCUCAGGGCCAGCAGCAAAGUUAUGUCUCUUUAAGGCCAGACUUGUUAACAGUGGACAGUGCCCACCUGUACAGUGCCACUGGGACCAUUACUAGCCCCACUGGAGAGACGUGGACCAUCCCUGUUUACUCUGCUCAACCACGUGGUGACCUUCAGCAGCAAAACAUAACUCACAUUGCCAUCCCUCAGGAGGCCUACAAUGCCGUCCACGUCAGUGGCUCACCCACAACACUGGCUACAGUGAAGCUGGAAGAUGAUAAGGAUAAGAUGGUGGGAAGUACUUCAGUAGUGAAGAACUCUCAUGAGGAAGUGGUGCAGACUCUUGCUAAUUCGAUCUUUCCAGCACAGUUUAUGAAUGGCAACAUCCACAUUCCAGUGGCAGUGCAGGCUGUGGCAGGGACAUACCAGAAUACAGCACAGACAGUGCACAUAUGGGACCCACAGCAGCAACAGCAGCAGCCCACACCACAAGAGCAGGGGCAGCAGCAGCAGCUACAAGUCACUUGCUCAGCUCAAACUGUUCAGGUUGCUGAAGUUGAACCACAGCCACAGCCGCAGACUUCACCUGAACUUCUACUUCCUAACUCUCUGAAGCCAGAAGAAGGUCUUGAAGUGUGGAAAAGCUGGGCACAGACCAAGAAUGCAGAGCUGGAAAAAGAAGCCCAAAAUAGACUAGCACCUAUUGGAAGGCGUCAGCUGCUGAGGUUCCAGGAAGAUCUCAUCUCUUCAGCUGUGGCUGAGCUGAAUUAUGGUCUGUGCUUAAUGACACGAGAAGCUCGGAAUGGUGAUGGUGAACCCUAUGAUCCAGAUGUGCUCUACUAUAUCUUCUUGUGUAUUCAGAAGUAUCUCUUUGAAAAUGGCCGAGUUGAUGACAUCUUCUCAGAUCUCUACUACAUUCGGUUCACUGAAUGGCUGCAUGAAGUUCUUAAGGACAUACAGCCCCGUGUUUCACCUCUUGGUUACAUCCUCUCCAGUCAUGUAACAGAAGAGAUGCUGUGGGAGUGUAAGCAGCUUGGAGCUCACUCCCCUUCCACCUUGCUCACUACACUGAUGUUUUUUAAUACAAAAUACUUCCUGUUGAAAACAGUGGACCAGCACAUGAAGCUGGCCUUCUCCAAGGUGCUGAGGCAGACCAAGAAGAACCCUUCUAAUCCCAAGGAUAAAAGCACGAGUAUCCGCUAUAUGAAGGCUCCAGGCAUGCACCAGACUGGACAGAAAGUUACAGAUGACAUGUAUGCAGAGCAGACCGAGAAUCCAGAGAAUCCCCUGAGGUGUCCGAUAAAGCUGUAUGACUUCUACCUCUUCAAAUGCCCCCAGAGUGUGAAAGGCCGGAAUGACACAUUUUACUUGACACCGGAGCCAGUGGUGGCCCCCAACAGCCCAAUCUGGUAUUCCAUCCAGCCGAUCAGCAGAGAGCAGAUGGAGCAGAUGCUCACCCGGAUCCUGGUGAUACGAGAGAUUCAGGAAGCUCUUGCCGUGGCUAAUGCCAGCACCAUGCACUAAGGCAUCCUUCGUGGCUCAGAUGGGGUGGGGCAGGGUGAUGGGGGAGGGACAAGCAAAGAGAAAUUGUACAGACUUUUACACUAAAGGAGAUGCCUAAGUUUUUGGUUUUUUAUUGGUGUAGUUAUGAAGCCCUUUUAGGCUUCUUCUCUUUAAAAGAAUCUAAAGGAAAACCUACCCAUUGUGUAUCCUACCCAACACACCAAACUGUUGGAACCAUUGGAGGCUGCAUAUCCCCUGCAAGCUGGGAGCUGUGGAAAGCUGCUGGUUGACUCUGGGUUUUUUUUAUGAUGUAGAAAACAUGAACUACAGGAUUGGCCUGGUUGGCUGGGGCCUCUGUCUCCUUGGAGCAUGUGCAGCCUAGAGGGCACAGAAUGAUGGAUGGACCUGCUCAGCCAGUGGAGGAGAGGCAGGCAUCUUCUUUUCUUGUGCUUGGACGUUAAUUUGCUGUUAUCUUGGAAGAAAGAGGAGAGAGUGAACUGCAAUUAUGAUUUAUACAAAAAAAAAAAAAAACAAACCAACAAUUUCUAUUCAGACCUUUAAGUGACAUUUUUAGAUGUUAAAAGUACAAACUUUACCACACUCUUCUUUUUUGGCCUAACAUUGAGGCCUUAAAGCUUGAGGCUUCUGUGCCUGUUGGAAUUCUUGUAACAUACACUUGUGUAUCAUAUAAAGAUACCACCCUGUUUCUCUUAUGUAUUCUUACUCUAGUUGUUUAUUAAGAAUGACGAGCACGUCUUUUCAACA